AGCCAGAAGGAGGGGCUGGAGGAGGGGGCCGCUUAGCCUGGGGAUGCACAGCCUCGAGGGGCUCCAUUCCUGUCCCUAUGCAGGGGAAGCAUGUGAGUCUGUGAUCCCCGACAGGAGAGAGGUGUCCUAGAAAGGCAGAUACCAGGGAUGGGCUAGGCUACUCCAGGGGAUAGUGAGCUCCCCAUCCUUGGGAGUAUGAAAGCAGGGAUGGCCACUUGGUGGGGAUUGAACCUUCAUUGGGGUUUUGGGCUUCUGCAUCAGUGACUUUCAAUCUGUGCUAUGUGGACAGGCCUCAAAGACCCCUGCUGGGAUGAUGGAUGGGGGGGCCCCAGUCCCUUGUCCCCAUUCAACCAAAGCUAUUCCGCUUUGGCCUAUUUUUACCUCGGGCUAAAGUAUAAGAUGCUGUUUCAAGGGCUUCUGCAGCUAAAGACGUGUUGGAAACUGUUGGGCUGAAAACGAGUUUUUACGCCCCAGGGCCCAGCAGGGAACAUAAACCAGUGGCGGGUGGUGUCUGGGACAACUGGAGCUCCUGCCCUUCCCAAGCUGGUGGCUGCCGCCCAGCCUCCACCGUGGGCCCAGCUUUCAAAGAGAAGCCAGAAAUCCACAUGUUAAGUGACAGUUCCUGAUUUCUUAAUGUAGCAACUCAGUGGAAGAUUUUUGAAGCCCACCUGCAGAGCACAUGGGGUCUGCCCGUGGUGACCUCCUUCUAGAGGAGCUGCAUGGCUCUCCUCAGUGUGGUUCUGAGGGUAGAGGCGUUCAGUCAGUCCCCUGUGUGGGAGAAGAGGGCAGGCUGGGCUCGGGGUGGCAUCAGAACCUGGUGCGUCAGGGAUGCCACAGGUUCUCUGUCCCCAAGGGCGUGGAGUCCUGACCCCUGACCGCUAGGCUUCCCAGCAGGACUCAUCUUAGACUCAGAGCUAGAGUGGGCGCCAGAGGUCACCAGGCUUCUUCCCCAUAGGUGGAAACACCUAGGCCCAGAAAGAGGCCCCACCUGCUCAAGGUCACCUGGGAAGUCCAGCAGGCCCGGGGGAGACCCCAGGCAGGGCAUCCGGUCAGGUCUUCCGGGUUCCAGGCCACGGCAGCUGCCCUCCGUCCUCCUCCAUGCCGGCCUGAGCUGUGAGAAUUCUAGAUGGAUCCGUGACAAUGUGAGCUCAUGAAAGAUUACCAGGAAGAGGUUGAAACCUGGCUCCCGGGAGAGCGAGAUGUGCGAGGCCUUGGCACGAAGCCCAGCACUUGGCUGCUCUGGUUUCCCAGGGCCCGGACAUGCGUGGUCACAGCCCAGCAGCUCGGUCAGGAGGACAUGCCUGCCAGAGUCCAGAGGGUGAGGGUGGGGGCAGGGAGAGACCAGAACAGAGUGGCGCCAGGCUGGAGCCAGUGCCAGGAUAACGCUGGGGAUGGGGGAUGGGCUCCAGGGCUCCAUCCAUUUGAGGGGCUUUUCAGGGAAGGGUGUGGGACUGACUGCAUGCCUGGCCUUGGGACCCCAGAAGCCUGAAGGCAACUUACUCUGUGGUAAGCAAUAAUGCAAACAAGUAGAGCCCCAAAUAGAAAAUUGAGGUCAAGGACAGGAGGAGACUUCAGAUAUGCCAACAUAACCAAGAUGCUAUGGUUGUGCCAUGUAUUUGGAGCUCCCUAGCAGCCAGAGCAAAAGGAGAAACAUGAUGAUUUCCACAUGACCUACUAAGGUGAAGAAGUAUUCAGUCACGCAGCACGUCUAUAUCGAAUACUGACUGUGUACUGGGUGCAAAAAAAAAAAAGAAUAAGCAAGUUUCCCUGCUCCCAUGGAUUUGUAUUUCAUUAAAGAAGACUGAAAAUAAAGAAGUAACCGUACAAGAGCAUUUCAGAGAGCACCAAGGGCUAUGAAGGGGAAAAAAAGGGUAAUUAGGCAGAGGUAUGUUCAUUUAGCUUGAGCAGCCAGGGAGGGCCUCACAGAGGAGGUGAGGUGUGAGCAGAGAUCAAAGAAUGAGGGGUAGGUGAUACUCAUGUGGAGUUUUAAAAGAAGAAUGUCCAGAGUCUCAGGCCUGGAGAGGGAGGGGGCUUGGCCUCCCGAAGGGGAGAGGGUUGCUUGAGUGGCCAGGUUGAAGGGAAUGAAACACUGACGCGGCACGUGAUGUGGUCAGGGAGGCCAGCAGCCCUGGUCCACAAGCCCUGCAGGCCUCAGGAGGAGUUUGGAUUUUGUUCCAGGUGCCACAGGAGAGUGAUGUGGGGUCAUGUGCCCCAGAUGCUCAGGACCCCCAGGGCUGCUUCUCCUCAGCGGUCCUGUGUGUGCCCUGCCCGUGCUGCCCCAUACCCGUGUGGGCUCCUGCCUGGCCCUGCACGGUGUGGCCUUCAAUGCUUGAUACACCGGGCAUCGAGCGAGUGGUCCUUUGCUGUCGCAACCAUCACAGAAAUCCCCCCUGUCAUCUUCCUGCCCAACUUCCUGGUACAGAGGAAGGUGCUGAAGCCCCUCCGGACCCAGACGGGAGGAACCAUAAUGGCGGGGAAGCUGGCCGUGGAGCGAGGCUGGGCCAUCAACAUAGGCGGCGGCUUCCACCACUGCUCCAGCGACCGGGGCGGGGGCUUCUGCGCCUACGCAGACAUCACGCUCGCCAUCAAGUUUCUGUUUGAGCGAGUGGAGGGUGUCUCCAGAGCCACCAUCGUUGAUCUCGAUGCCCAUCAGGGCAACGGGCACGAGCGGGACUUCAUGGGCGACAAGCGCGUGUACAUCAUGGACGUCUACAACCGCCACAUCUACCCCGGGGACCGCUUUGCCAAGCAGGCCAUCAGGCGGAAGGUGGAGCUGGAGUGGGGCACGGAGGAUGAUGACUACCUGAGGAAGGUGGAGAGGAACCUGGAGAGAGCCCUCCAGGAGCACCAGCCCGACGUGGUGGUUUACAACGCAGGCACCGAUGUCCUUGAGGGGGACCGCCUCGGGGGGCUGUCCAUCAGCCCGCAGGGUGUCGUGAAGCGGGAUGAGCUGGUGUUCCGGCUGGUCCGAGGCCACCAGGUGCCCAUCCUCAUGGUGACCUCGGGCGGGUACCAGAAGCGUACAGCCCGCAUCAUUGCCGACUCCAUCCUUAAUUUGUAUGGCCAGGGGCUCAUCGGGCCCCAGUCAGCCAACGUCUCAGCACAGAACUCAGACACACCCCUGCUGCCCCUGGAGGUGCCCUGACGACACUGCCCUCUGAGUGGCUCCCUGCCUGCUGCCCGCCCGCCCGCCCGCCCGCCUGCCCCUCAGUGCUUCUCCUUUUCCAAAUGCGGGGGGACCUCGCGCGCAGCUGCACUCUCCGUGCUGGGUGUCGCGGUCUCAGGGCCGCUCUGCGGGUGGGGGCAGAGGGCAGGGCCUGAGUCCCGGAAAGACCCACACGGUCACGGUCACGGCCUGACCAGGCGGCAGUUCUCCCAGGAGGGAGGAGGGCAGUUGAAGCUCCCAGGCGCAGGGAGGGCCCCCAGGGGUGGGGUGUUCUGGUUUUCAAAACAGUGCGACCGUUUCAGACCAAGGAAGCUUCCAUCUCUUCCACAGUUGGGCCCCCUCCCUCCUCUUCUGCACCCUCUCCUCCUCCCUUCAGGGGUGGGAGACCUGAGAGGGGGCUGGAGCCAGGCGUCUGGGGUCCCUGGAUUCUCAGCCAGCAGGCAGGGGCCCUGGUCCUGGGUGUGAGGGGGCGGCAGGGAAGGGGAUUCAGGUGGGUUUUCCCAUCUGGCUUCUCCUUCAAUAAAGCGAGGUCUGGACCUGCUGUCCGAGAGCCCCUCCCUGGUGGGGAGGGGAGGGGAGGCCUGAGGAGCCCCAAACCCCUGCUUCAGCAGCAUCUUGCCCGUCCAGGGAGAGCGCCGGGUUUGGGGGAAAGAACUCUUGGCUCAGGGACAGGCCUUAGCUCUGGAGGCUUGAGGGACAGAGGAAGGUGAGGCCUGGACCAGGUAAUCGGGGAGGGACAGGUGGCCAAGCUGGGUCCCACAGGCCCCGAGGCCCAGGUGGGGACUGAGGCGCUGGCGAGGCCAGGCUGGCGUUGCUGGAGGGGAGCAGAGGGUCUCCAUCCUGGCCUGCAGGUUGUACGCAUAGGGGGCUGGGGUGGGGCCCCGGCGGGGGCUGCAGCCUCCACUGGGCUCAUCCAAAAUGCCAGGCCCUGAUGUGCACUGCCCAGGGGGGCCCUGACCUUGUCGUCAGCUCUACUCUGAAGGGGAUGCUCAGGACCCCACAGGAAGCUGGGGGUCGGGGGGAGCGUCCACUGCUCCAUUGCCUGGGUGUGUUCUUAGUGGUCAAAGCGGGUGGGGAGGGAAAGAGGGCCGUCCCUGAUCAACCCCCCCACGGGACUUGUGCUCAUUGCCAUCUGGGGGUCUCCUGAAUUCUCCUACCUUCUCCCUCGCACCCCUCUCGCCGCUCCCUCUGCUGGAGGGGGCGGGGCAGGAAGGGUUCCAAGAUCACCAAGUGUCAAACACGUUGAACUCCUUAGGCUUGGACGCCCCACCCGCCCCGCCCCGCCCCGCCCCGC